AUGCUGAGGCUAUUGAAGAAGGAACGCUUAUCUCGGUUAUUGGCGUCGGAGAUUGCAAGGGGAGGAAUCAAUAGUUCAAGAGAAGCUGACAGGCUUGUAUUCUUUGCAACGGAAACACAGUACAAAACCCAUGUGGAUGGCUCAAUUCCAGUCCUUGUGAAAUCUUAUAAUUGGAUGGAAACUGCUGAAGAGAUCGAUGACUUGUUUUUAGGUGAUGCAGAGGUGUGGAGGAGACCAGCUAUAGGGCAUGCUGGUCCUACGGGAGGAGACUUCCCACUAGUCACAAGAGAAGGGCAUAAUGUUCUAGAUGUUAUUUUUACAUCUCCAAUACUAAACCUUGCUGAAGUUGCUAAAAGUCUUGAGAAUAUUGCUGGAGUUGCAGAUCAUGGGUCAUCUCUAAGAUUCCGUGAGUUCAAAGCUCCCUCUUAA